CUCAGUGCCGUUUUAUAAUCCUACAGAGACGCAGGCAGCACAUAAAAGCCAAGGGCAGACGCUUUAGCGGUAGGAGCACUCCUCCUAAUUAAGCCAUUGAACUUCGGCCACGACGCUGCCCUUUAGAAAAACACCUUACACGCGCCGGGCUGUUGGUGCGAGGCGGGCCAGCCAAUAGGAGAAGGGUUUGAAUCAAGGUCAAGGGAAGAUGCUCAACAGCACCGCGGCGCAUUGGAUGGGAACCGAGGCUACCUAAGAAGCUAUACGAGAAAACCCGACGGUCGCCGCGCGGGGAUGGGAAGUCAUUCACCUGCCGCGUGCCUCUAAGCGAUGUAGAGCCCCCCUGGCUUUAAAUAACCAGCAGCACCCAUGACCCUGACGAGAGGUUCCUUCACCUACACCAACGGCGAGGAGUACCACGGAGAAUGGCGAGAAGGCAAGACCAUGUUACUAUGCUCCAUCAUCAACUUGGUUACUAUGCUCCGUCAUCACCACGGGCUCCGGCAUGGCCUGGGCCAGCUGAACUUCAGCGAUGGGACAUGCUACACGGGACAGUUCGAGAACGGCCUCUUCAACGGAUGUGGGGUGCUGGUGUUCCCUGACAACUCCAGGUACGAGGGGGAAUUUGUCCAGGGGAAGUUUCAAGGUAGCGGUGUCUUCUGUCGCUUCGACGGGAUGAAGUUUGAAGGAGAGUUUAAGAACGGCUGCAUCGACGGAUACGGGGUGCUGACGUUUGUUGACGGCGGUCGCGGUGCCGGCGGCGGCUGUCAGGAGGGCCUGUUUGAGUCCAACCAGCUGGUGCGGCGGGAGACAAGCCAGGGGGCGCUACAGCGGGCGCAGGGUGUCGCUGCCAAGGCCCGUGCCCUGGCCAAAUAACCAUCCACUACCCAAUAUGCCCCUGGGUUAGGAUCCCUCCAUCCCCUUUGUCUGUGGUUAUCUUCUGUUUUUUAAGAGCUGUGUGUUGUUUAUUACUAAACAAGACAGGACCGUCUGGUCCGCUAGGGACCAGAAGGUCUUGAUCCCCUGCAGCCAAACUCACCUUCCGUUUUUCUGCUGCUGAUGACACCUGGGUGCUCUCUCUGGUCUGAGGUUCAUUUCGACUUGACAACUCAAGAGUUCCUUGACCUGAAGUUUGACACGGACAGUAUCGCCGUAGGCUGAUGUUAUUCUCCAAUCCGUUGCAUGACUCAUGCAGGCAGCAAUCCAUAUCUUGCUUGGGGUACUCUGAAAACCAACCUCCAUGGGUCAUGCUUCAACAAGCACGAUCAACAGCCUUGUUACAACCAAUCACCCCGAGACACGGUGCUUUGGUUCAUGUUAGAUUGGUUGUAUUUGCCUCUAAUAUCAUGCAGUAUUUCUAUUUCUCAACACUCAGUGCCACAGUGACACAAGCUGGUCAAGGAUCAGUUUGAUUUGUCCUUCUCUGUGCCAUUCACAUGCUGUGCCAGCUGCAGCUGACCCAGAGUCGUCAUUGGCUCGUCAGGAGCUGGGGGGGGCGAGGCUAGGGGGCGGGGCUAGGGCAGGUGGAGGUGGGGCUGGGGACUAGAGCAGCAGUUCCUGACCUUUCAGCUCCAACUUUUGCUCCCCAUUUUUAGGGCGAAAUACUUCUACUUAUUUGAUUUUUUAUAUUUUCUGCUUCCCCAAAUGUUUUAACCCUAGGGACAUCUGGACAUAUUAACAAAGCUCCAGACCUAGUAUGAGGACUGCACACUUGAUAGUAAGCAGUGGUAGCAGUAGCUUGCUUGGCUGCGAAUCCUAAGGAAGUCUGUUUAUAUGCACAGGAACUUUCAAAUCUCUAAAUUGUGCUCCAUCAUAUAUCUAUAACUUGGGAUUCUGCUGACGUCAGUGCCGUGUUUUCAAGUACUUUAAAGUGUUUUAAAAAUGUUUUAAAGUCAGUGGCAGUUAACGGUUUGACUUGCGAUGUGAAAUGUCUCAUACAUGUGCACUCAGGCCUAAAGAAAGCCUCACUCUGCCUGAAAACACUUCUUGUAUCACAAAGUGAAUGAAACCACUCUUCGUUAGUGGGACCUUGCUGUUGUGGGUGUCUCAGGCUGGUCUUUCUCUCAGAGUACAGUCCACGUCCAUGUUCCCCUUCCCGGGUCUCCUAGCUCUGGUCCUGGUCUAAACCCUGAACCAUACUUCUCCACGUGUUCUGGCAAACUAAGCUAAGUGUAGCUGGAACCAAAAAACUAGGAGGUCGAACUGAACUCAAUGUUUGAGUACUGCUUAUUAGCAACAAAUAAUGCAAAAACACAACAUUCUUGAACAUUUGAACCAAUUAGUUCUGAAAAUAUAAUACCUUGUCACAAGCUACAUCAAUUUAAACAAAGCUAUUUGCUUAUGCUUUUAAAAAAGGUGGCAUAUAGCCUCCCGGGACCUAAAUACCUAAACCAGUUGCCUAAAUAAAUUGCACCUCAUACAUACUGAUGUUUAGAAAGAAACAUUACAUAUGUUUUUGUACUGGUUUGUUUUCUGCCAAGGUCAGGUUUGCCUCAUGCAUUUCAGAUGCAUCUGUGGCACGCGUUGGAUUGUUUCAACAUGUGCUUAGACAUUUAAUAGCAUAGCUUGUUAUGUCAAAUACAAGUAGGCAGAUUUAGAUCAGGCUGUGUUGUAAAGCUCAGUUUGUCAGAACACUUCUACAGGAAGCUUUGUUCCAGACCCGAUUAGAAGGAGCAAGAGGAGACCUAAGCAAAAAAAUAAAAGAUCAAAAAUGUAAUCAAUCCUUUAAACCUUUUUAGGAUAACUUGAGAACACCCACAGUACUUAUUGUAAAGCCUUUUGUCAGGAAGUGUAGCCAUCUUACCAGAAAGAGAAAAACAAAACGAAUCUCACUUUCAAGUCAAAUGGUUUACCCUGUGUUAAGCCUGUUAAGAUGGUUUGGUUUACCGGCAAACCAGCUUUCAGACACUAUUACAGAGCCUAGUGAGCCCACAGUCUCACUUGUUUAUUGAUGUCACUUGGAUGUUGUGUCUUUGUGUAUUUAUUAACAGAAAUGUAAAAAGAGAAAAAGACGACGCUAGACUAACACUGACUCUAUGUGAAUAAGGUGCCUAAUAGGAAUGUCUUGUCUGUGUGUGUAAAAUACGACUGGAAUUUACUGUGCUGCAUGUCGCUAUGCUUUACUCACUGUGCUGUACUGUUGACUACUAAGUGGACUUACAGUGGAUUCAGAUACAUGUCAUUAAGUAGCAGGUAGGGGGCUAGGGGGCCUCUGGCUCCAGGAGGCUUUCAGGUACACUGCGGACACUGACCUUUUGACCGGGCUAAAUCAGACACCCUAGCCCCCCAGACUUUCUGCUUGUGGCCAUGCUCUGUUCACUGUUAUGCAUGUAUGGGGGAUGCCCCGGUUUUAUCCAGUGGAUAAUCACUAAUACACACAACCUUUAAUCACAAAUACAGUCCAACAUGUUUAAAAUGCAUUGCCACAAUGCAAGAGUGAGUAUUUCAAUGUUAGAUAUGAAAAAACAGAGUUCCAAAAUAUACACAGUUGCUGCACGUUGCAUAUGUUACAUGGGUAAAGAUUGGUGGGAUAUCCUCAAAUGUAAAGUAUGAUGGGUAACUAGCUUCUGCGUGUGGAACUAGUGGCAGUGUGGGGAAAUGCAUCAUAUAUCUGUAGAAGUGUUCUUUGUCCUUUGUGUGAAGUGUUUAACGUUUUUCUUGAGGCUUUAUGACUGUUUCAUUUCUAUAAGCUUGUUUUGUACACCUGUACAGGGUGGGUGACUUUAAAAAUGCACGUGCACUGAUGCUAAAGGCCGAUUCGCACAAUCAGAAACUCAAGAUGUAAUCACUGCUUUAAUUCCCA